AUGACGGCAUCCUCCAGGAGCUCAUCAUGGGUUGCACUGGCUCUUCUCCUCUUCGUCGCUCUCGCGCACACCGCCAACGCCGACCAUCUCUCUACAGGGUACUACACGAGGACAUGCCCCAACGUGGAGCGCGUCGUCUCGUCUGUCAUGGCGAAGAGGGUCGGCGGCGGGCGGAUGGCACCCGCCGUGCUCCGCCUCUUCUUCCACGACUGCUUCGUCAACGGAUGUGAUGCCUCCGUUCUCCUUGAUGCGACGCCCUUCUCCGAGAGCGAGAAGGAUGCCGAGCCAAACGCAUCCCUCACCGGCUUCACGGUGAUCGAUGAGAUCAAGGCGGAGCUCGAGCGCGAGUGCCCGGCCACCGUCUCCUGCUCCGACGUGCUCGCGCUUGCGUCCCGUGACGCCGUCACUCUCCUCGGAGGUCCCACCUGGAACGUGCCCCUCGGCCGCAAGGACUCGCGUUUCCCCGCCGACAAGGAGUUCACCACGAUACACCUCCCUAGCCCAAAUGACAACCUCGGCGAGCUCAUAAAAAUGUUCGGGGACCAAGGCCUCGAUGCCCGCGACAUGACUGCGCUCUCCGGUGCACACACCGUCGGGAUGUCCAACUGCAAGCACUACAGAGAACGCGUCUACGGCACCAGCGACACUAAGUACAACAUCGACCCCUCCUUCGCGGAGGCAAGGCGGCAAAUGUGCCCGCCGCAAGGCUCCUCUGGUGACGCCGGCAAGGCGCCAUUCGACGUACAGACGCCUAGGAAGUUCGACAAUGCUUACUACCGUGACCUUAUUGCGCAUCAAGGUCUCCUGAACUCUGACCAAGCUCUGUACAGCGGUAGCGGUGUGGACAGCCUUGUGGUGAGGUACGGUGCCGAUGGUGAUGCUUUUGGGAAGGACUUUGCCAAGGCCAUGGUGAAGAUGGGGAACAUAGCUCCACCUAAGGGAAUGCCCACGGAGGUGAGGCUCCACUGCUCCAAGGCCAACUAA